AUCUUGGAUUAAAUGUUUGGUUUUAUUAUUUUUUUUUUAUAUUUAAAUUACUGUACGAAAUAUUAAAAUUCAUAUUGAAAAACAGAAGGUUAUGUAUUACUCCAUUAACUAAAAUAAGGUGUGCUAAAGUUUGGGUAAAUUCUAAAGCGCAGUUAUCUAAAGCAGUCCCCCAAUACACGAUUUCAAAGAGUUUUGUUUUUUUUAAGUGGGAAACAGUCAAACCAAACACGAUUAUGCAAAAAGCGUGGUGUUUUGAACAAUCUGACAAACGCGAUUUCUAUCUGUUUCUAUUUCCUCGGUGGUCAGUACUGUUGCCGCUCACAGAGGAGCGAUUGAGGUUAUGGAGAAAGAGAAGGGGAAAACCACCAAGAAGCCUCCUACGAAUGGCAAAGUUACUCUCGAACAGUUCGUGUCCACGAUGGCUCCUCUCAUCGACAUGGAAAAGGAAGCUGAGAUAUCGGUCUCAAUGAGCUCAGGGGCCACAAGAAGUUUGGAUAGUGCUCAAAAGAAGGGGUCGACUAUUCUGAAUUUGAAGUGUGUGGAUGCUCAGACAGGAUAUAUGGGAAAAAGUCUUCUUGAGUUCCAGUCAAAUAAAGGGGAUGUCCUCCCUCCACACAAGUUUGGGAAUCACGACGUUGUAGUUUUGAAGCCAAACAAAUCAGAUUUGGCCUCUCCUCCCCUUGGACAGGGGGUUGUUUACAGAAUAAAGGACUCUUCUAUUACCGUUGCUUUUGAUGAUGUCCCAGAAGAGGGUCUAAACAGUCCUUUGCGCCUUGAAAAAGUGGCAAAUGAGGUGACAUAUCGUCGGAUGAAGGAAACAUUGAUCCAGCUGAGUAAAGGUGUACAAAGUGGCCCAGCUUCUGAUCUAGUUCCAGUUUUAUUUGGAGAAAGGCUUCCAGGAGUGUCCAACAAGGAUAUUAAGUUUACUCUUAUAAAUAAGAACCUUGAUCAUUCACAGAAAGACGCUAUUACAAAGGCUCUAUCAUCCAAGGACCUUUUCUUGCUACAUGGACCUCCUGGCACUGGGAAGACUACUACAGUGGUUGAGAUUAUCCUACAAGAAGUCAAGUGUGGAUCAAAAAUUCUUGCUUGUGCAGCAUCCAAUAUUGCAGUUGACAACAUUGUAGAGAGACUCGUACCGCAUAGGAUUAAAUUAGUACGGGUGGGGCAUCCUGCUCGCUUACUUCCUCAAGUAUUGGAGAGUGCUUUGGAUGCACAGGUUUUGCGAGCAGAUAAUAGUUCCCUUGCAAAUGACAUCCGUAAGGAGAUGAAGGCGUUGAACAGUAAACUUUUAAAAGCCAAAGACAGAAAUACAAAGAGGGAUAUCCGAAGGGAACUCAGGACUUUAUCAAAAGAAGAGCGCAAAAGGCAGCAGCUGGCAGUGACUGAUGUAAUUAAGAAUGCAGAUGUGGUAUUAACAACCUUGACAGGUGCAUUGACUAAGAAAUUGGAAGGCUUUUCAUUUGAUUUGGUUAUUAUUGAUGAAGCUGCCCAGGCCUUGGAAAUAGCAUGCUGGAUUGCUCUUUUAAAGGGUCGAAGGUGUAUAUUAGCUGGGGAUCACCUUCAGCUUCCCCCAACAAUUCAGAGUGUUGAAGCUGAAAAGAAAGGAUUAGGAAGAACCCUCUUCGAACGCCUUGCAGACUUGUAUGGGGAUGAUGUCAUGUCUAUGCUCACUGUUCAGUACCGCAUGCAUGAACUUAUCAUGAAUUGGUCAUCCAAAGAGCUCUAUCAUGGAAAGAUUAAAGCCCAUUCAAGUGUUGCUGCUCAUACUCUAUACGAGCUCGAGGAUGUUAAGAAAUCUUCUUCAACUGAGCCAACCCUUCUUCUUGUAGACACAGCUGGUUGUGAUAUGGAAGAAAAGAAAGACGAAGAAGAAAGUUCACUGAAUGAAGGCGAAGCUUCAGUGGCUAUAGCUCAUGCCAAAAGGCUUGUGGAAAGUGGAGUUUUAGCUUCCAACAUUGGACUUAUUACACCUUAUGCAGCACAGGUUGUGCUGCUAAAGAUGUUAAAAGGCAAAGAAAACAAUCUAAAAGAUCUGGAAAUAUCCACAGUUGAUGGUUUCCAGGGUCGUGAGAAAGAAGCAAUUAUCAUUUCAAUGGUCCGAUCGAACACAAAGAAAGAGGUGGGCUUUUUAAGCGACCGUCGCAGAAUGAAUGUUGCAGUGACAAGAGCAAGAAGACAAUGUUGCAUUAUCUGCGACACGGAGACAGUUACUGGUGAUAAUUUCUUGAAGCGUUUAAUUGAAUAUUUUGAAGAACAUGGCGAAUAUUUGAGUGCUUCGGAAUUUGGUAACUAGUAAUUCAGAAUUUUGCUGCAGUCUUGUGAAUGGAAGCACCAUAGACCCUUUGGCUAAGAUGAAAUUCAAUCCAUUCUGUGAUUUUCCUACUUGUUGGUGAAUAUCUUACAGGGAUAGCAUGAUUUUCCCAAAUUUCUUGGCAAAUGUAACAGACAAUGACUCUAGAAGCACAAUUCAUUAAAGACUACAGGGUCUUAUAAGGAUAUUGAAUUUAUACGGUUUAAUGUGAUUAAGCAUAAAUGUUUGAUUUA